AUGGAUUUAAUACCUGAUCAAAAGAAAAAAUCACAUUACUCCAAGUCUACAUGGUUAAUUGUAAUCAAUGAAUUUUGUGAACGAUUUACCUUUUUUGGAUUAAAAACCAUUUUGGUUUUGUAUCUAACAACAAUAUUGAAGUUCAAUGGUGACGAGUCGACAAUGAUAUAUCACAGUUUCAUAUUUUUAGCAUACUUCAUACCUAUACCGAGUGCGAUAUUGGGAGACUCUCGUUGGGGAAAAUUCAAAACGAUUUUAUAUUUCUCAUCAGUCUACAUAUUGGGAUGUAUAGUACUCACCGGUGCAUCGAUUGCAGAUAUGUUCAGCCUGGACGUUCAAAAAAUCCUUGCACUCUGCGGACUAUUUUUAAUAUCGGUCGGUACAGGUGGAAUAAAACCGUGCAUUUUUGCAUUUGGUGGCGAUCAAUUUCAGUUGCCUCAACAAGAAAAACAGCUACAACACUUCAUUACUAAAUUCUCGAUUGCAGUAUAUGCAGGAGGAUUGGUCUCAACAUUUUUGAUGCCCGAAUUGAGACAAAGCGUACACUGUUUUGGUAAAGAUACAUGUUUUCCAUUGACUUUCGGUGUGACAGCUGUAAUGAUGAUUUCUUGCACAGCGAUAUUUGUAAGUGGAAAAACAAUCUAUGUAAAGAAAAAACCGGAACGGAACGAAUUAACCAGGACAUUUGGUUGUAUUUUCUACGCACUGCGAGCAAAGAUUACUUCAACCGUUCCGAGUAAAACACAUUGGUUGGAGAACGCAAAGGGAAAAUACACCGAAUCUGAAAUAUCAGACACGAGGUCUAUCUUAAACGUUCUUUGCGUAUUUACAGCGUAUCCAGUAUUUUGGUCACUGUUUGAACAACCGAGUUCAAGGUGGACGUUGCAAGCCACGCUGAUGAACGGUCAUGUGGACUUCUUAGAUUGGACUAUUAAACCUGAUCAAAUCCAGACACUAGGACCGUUGUUUUCAAUAAUAGUGCUACUCCUUUUAGAUGUCGCUUUUUAUCCGAUGUUAGCAGCAAUAGGCAUCCGAAAACCGUUACAACGGCUCUCUUUUUGCGGUGUUCUAGCGGUCAUAGGAUUUGUAAUCGCUGCUCUACUACAAUUUAAAAUCAUUGGAAAUACCACUGAAAUAUCAUCCAGACAAGGGCACAUAAACAUUUACAAUGGAUUUGAUUGCGACGUGUUCUUACAAUCAAAGUCAUUACACAUCAAAGAUUACAUCGGCCCACUCGAAAUGAUCAAUGUCAACCACACAAUCGUGUCUCAGAACGUCACUGCAAAAGAAAUUGUAGAUAUCACAUUAAGUUUUGCAUCAAAUUGCAAUUUUGUGCCGAAAAACUACGAGUUCAAUACCACAGUGACAAUAAUUAAAGGAAAAGUGGUAUCUUAUCACUUGGCCCGAUUGAAUCCGAACAAAAUCGCAUUAAAUCGAGUCGGAGUUUAUGACAGUUUAGUCAAAGAAAAGUUUGGAUACCCUAAUUUUAGGAUUGUAUCCGAUUAUACUUUUGAUUUUGACGAUAAUAAUAUUACAUUAACCAAAACUGAUCACAACUCUUUAAAAUCAUACUCUCUUUCUUUGUUUAAAGGGAGAAAUUUUAAUACCAUUAUGGUAGGAAAAUAUAAUAUUUUCUAUAAUGGGAAAAUGUUACCCACGCCAACUAUGGAAAUAAUACCAGCCACGUUUUAUACACUGACAUUACAACGGAAUGGUGAUCAAAUGGAUGUACGAUUAUUUAUCAAAGACGAAGGAAACUAUAUUCACAUAAUGUGGCAGCUUCCACAAUAUUUGUUUAUGAGUUUAGCUGAUAUAAUAUUCAUAGUCACCGUAAUAAAGUUUGCAUUUACUGAGGCGCCAAUAAACAUGAAGUCAUUCGUAGCUGCUGUUAGUUUAUCGACUAUGGCAUUUGGGAAUUUGCUGGUCAUUAUAAUUUCAACGAUGUCUAUUAAAAAUCAAGCACGCGAAUUUCUACUUUAUUCCGGUCUUAUGCUUGCUGACACUUUAUUAUUAGCUUAUUUUAGUGUGAUUUAUCGGAGUAAAAAUAUUAUCAUAAGUGACACAAAAACACCAAAUGAAAACAAAAUAGAAGAAGUAACUGUUUUUAACUGA